UUUUUAACCAAUUCAUUGGAGAUGCUCUUACCUAGCGUUCUCAAAAACAAAGAAACGCAGGGAGAACGACAGCUAAAUUGACCAGAGAAACAAUGGAGAACGCGGCGGUGAUGAUGGACUUGCCGGAAGGCUGCAUAGCCAACGUGAUCGGCCUAACGACUCCUCGAGACGCGUGCAGGCUGUCGUUGACUUCGACGGAUUUCAAGUCGGCGGCGGACUCCGACGCCGUUUGGGACAAGUUCCUUCCGCCUGAUACCAGUGAGAUGCUAUCCCGCUCCGAAUCUGCAAUCGACGCCAAAUCCAAAAAGGAGCUUUUCCUCACUCUCUCUGACAACCCCAUCCUCAUCGACGAUGGCAAGAUGAGCUUUUCACUUGACAAAUGGAGUGGGAAGAAAUGCUAUAUGAUAGCUGCAAGGCGCCUUCGGAUUGCUUGGGGUGAUACUCCUAUUUAUUGGACAUGGAAAUCUCUGCCCGAGUCCAGGUUUAAGGAGGCUGUCGAGCUUCGUCUUGUAUGUUGGCUUGAAAUCCGUGGGAGAAUUGAGACACGCAUGAUGUCCCCAUCCACGACGUAUAAAGCGUUUCUGGUGUACAAGUUAACGGGAGACACUUAUGGACUACACUGGCCUGCCGUGGUCACAGUUGGUGCAAGAGCUUAUGGGUUUGAUUAUGAAUGCCCUGGUUUGAAGGAAAUAACUGCAGGCAUUAAGCGCACAGUGUUUCUGGCGCCCCAAAGAGUAAUACAAAGUGAGCUGGAAGCAGGAAGAAGGAUGAGGCCCAACCACGAAAUCAGUGAAGCCAAAUUUCCGAAUGAAGGGAGGGGGGAUGGGUGGCUGGAGAUGGAGCUGGGUGAGUUUCACUGUCAAGGAGACGAAGACGGGGAGUUGGAAAUGAUUUGUUGUGAGAUUGAGACUGGUAUGAGUAAGAGGGGUCUCCUUGUUCAAGGUAUUGAGGUCAGACCCGAGAGGGAGUAGAUCAUGGAUAUACAUAUAGUGAUUGUCAAGGUUGAUUUGCUAGGGCUAGCUGCCCUGUGUUAUCUUCAUGUUCUUGCACGUACCGGUGGAUACAUGUAUUCAAAUUUCAUAAUCUAAAAAGGGAGGGUUUGAUUUUGUGAAGCUA